GCUGCUGCUGCUACGGAUGUCACACCAAGCCGUUAAAAUAAGGAUUAAAAUCUUAAGAUAGAACAUUGAUAUUGAAGUUAAAUUUUAUAUUUUUUAAGCAACCAGAGGUUUAAAAGAUGAAAAAGAAAAUGAAAUGGCAUACUUCAUGCUUCAUUGUAUGUUACCUAUUAGAACAAACAUCUUGCUGGUUCCUCCAAACUUUACACUUCAACCCUCAGUCAUUAAAGCCACGUGAGAGGCAUGGAAGAGGAAGGAAAAGGAGGCGUGGAAGGGUUGGUCAUCUGUUGUCUGAGGUGUGCGCCUGUGUGUGUGGAAUAGCAAUCUCUGUCAAACAUCAGAGCGCAGGAGAAGCGUGAGUCUGUGUGUGAUCGAACAUCAGAGCCCAGUGUGGAAGGACGGCAGUAAGGGGCCAGACAUGGACGAAAAGGGCAUAAUGGAGAAGAACCUUAAAGAUGCGUAUUUAAGUGAUCACAAAGAUGAGGUGGGCAAAGGUAAAAAGAAGAAAGAAAAAAAAGAAAAAAUACCCAUGGUUGGUGCCAUUGAACUGUUCAGGUUUGCAGAUUCCAAAGAUAUUGCGUUGCUCUUCUUCGGGACUCUGAUGUCGAUGCUCCACGGGGUAGUGUUGCCUCUUAUGUUAGUCGUGUUUGGGGAUAUGACUGACAGCUUAGUAUCAAAUGCCGCCACAUCCUUCCUCAACAACAGUAACCCCAAUAUCACAUUUCCAAAUAGCACCUUGCAGGAAGAGAUGACCGGCUUUGCCAUCUACUACUCCAUCCUAGGGGCCGUCGUGCUGGUGGCUGCCUAUAUGCAGGUUGCUUUCUUUACAUUGUCAGCUGGAAGACAGGUCAAACGCAUCCGCAAGUGUUUUUUUCACAGUAUCAUGCGACAGGACAUCGGCUGGUUUGAUGUAAAUGAAACAGGAGAACUCAACACUCGUCUUACAGAUGAUGUCUAUAAGAUCCAAGAGGGUAUUGGAGACAAGGUGGCAAUGUUGAUUCAAUCCUGUUCCACUUUCCUCACAUCUGUCGUCAUUGGUUUAAGCAAAGGAUGGAAGCUCACACUUGUCAUCCUGGCUGUCAGUCCCUUGCUUGGUGUCAUGGCAGCACUUUUCAGCAAGGUGCUGGCAUCGUUCACUUCUAGAGAACAGACUGCUUAUGCUAAAGCAGGUGCUGUGGCAGAGGAGGUGCUCUCUUCUAUCAGGACUGUGUUUGCCUUCAGUGGUCAACAAAGAGAGAUCGAGAGGUACCAUAAGAACCUAGAGGACGCCAAGAAUGUAGGAAUACGAAAGGCUAUAAGCUCCAACAUUGCUAUGGGUGUGACCUUCUUAUUGAUUUACCUAUCUUAUGCUCUUGCCUUCUGGUAUGGAAGCACGCUCAUUUUGAAUGGAGAGUACACCAUCGGGGUUGUACUUACAGUUUUGUUUGCUGUGCUUAUUGGAGCAUUCGCCUUGGGGCAGACGUCACCAAACAUUCAGUCCUUUUCCAGUGCCCGAGGAGCUGCACAUAAAGUGUACAGAAUUAUUGACAAUAAUCCAAGCAUUGACAGUUAUUCAGAGGGUGGCUUCAAGCCUGAUUCAAUCACUGGAAACAUAGAGUUUAGGAACAUCCACUUCAGUUACCCCUCAAGGCCUGAUGUUAAAGUAUUAAACAAGAUGUGUCUGAGUGUGAAAAGUGGACAGACCAUCGCCUUAGUGGGAAGCAGUGGUUGCGGUAAAAGCACCACUGUUCAGCUGUUGCAGCGGUUCUAUGAUCCACAGGAGGGAUUGAUAUCUAUUGAUGGCCAUGACAUUCGUUCUCUCAAUAUUUGCUACUUGCGAAAGAUGAUUGGCGUGGUGAGUCAAGAGCCCGUCCUUUUUGCCACCACCAUAGCUGAAAACAUCCGAUACGGCCGAACUGACGUGACUCAGCAGGAGAUAGAGCAAGCUGCCAAGGAGUCCAAUGCUUAUGACUUCAUCAUGAAUCUUCCGGAUAGGUUUGAAACGCUGGUUGGAGACCGAGGGACUCAGAUGAGUGGAGGACAGAAGCAGAGAAUUGCAAUCGCACGAGCGCUAGUCCGCAACCCCAAAAUCCUUCUGCUGGACGAAGCAACUUCUGCUCUCGAUGCUGAGAGUGAGACUGUUGUGCAAGCUGCACUCGACAAGGUCAGACUCGGCCGUACCACCUUAAUUGUUGCUCAUCGCCUUUCAACGAUCAGAAAUGCUGAUAUCAUUGCUGGUUUCCAAAAUGGAACGAUUGUAGAGUUGGGAUCUCAUAACGAACUAAUGGAAAAACAGGGCGUCUAUCAUACUCUAGUCACUAUGCAGACAUUUCAGGAAGCCAACGAUGAGGAAGAGCAGGACGAAAAGAGCCCAGUGGAAGAAAGUAUCUCUAACUCCCCUCGUUUAAGGAGGAGGUCUACAAGAUCUUCAUUUGUUGGUUCAGAGGGACAGAAAGAAGAGAAAGAAAAGCUGGUGGAUGGCAAAGAUUCAAAAGAGGAGGAUGAAAAUGUUCCCCCAGUUUCGUUUCUCAAAGUGAUGCGACUUAAUCUUCCUGAGUGGCCUUACAUACUUCUUGGAACCAUCUGUGCUUCAAUUAAUGGCGCAAUGCAACCCCUGUUUGCUGUCAUCUUUUCCAAGAUCAUUACUGUGUUUGCUGAGCCUGAUUUACAAGUUGUUCAACAGAAAUCUAAUUUAUUUUCACUUUUGUUUGCUGUUAUUGGAGCGGUAUCUUUUUUCACCAUGUUUCUACAAGGUUACUGUUUUGGUAAAUCUGGGGAGAUCCUGACUAUGAAAAUGAGACUUGCAGCUUUCAAGGCCAUGAUGAGGCAGGAUCUGGGCUGGUAUGAUAACCACAAAAACAGUGUCGGAGCACUCACGACAAGGCUGGCCACAGAUGCAGCUCAAGUACAAGGGGUUACGGGAGUACGUCUGGCCACAUUGGUCCAGAAUGUGGCCAACAUGGGUACCGCUUUGGUUCUCGCCUUUGUGUAUGGCUGGGAGCUGACCCUGCUCAUACUGUCGGUGGUCCCCGUCAUGGCAGUGGCUGGGACUGUGCAGAUGAAACUGCUCUCUGGGCAAGCCGCUCAGGACAAGGAGGAGCUGGAGAAGGCUGGAAAGAUUGCUACGGAUGCCAUCGAGAAUAUUCGCACUGUUGCAUCUCUGACCCGAGAACCCACAUUUGAAUCUCUAUAUCAUGAAAACCUCAACGUUCCAUACAAAAAUUCCCAGAAAAAGGCCCAUGUAUACGGUUUUACCUUCGCAUUUUCACAGGCCAUGAUCUACUUUGCUUAUGCAGGAUGUUUCCGCUUUGGAGCUUGGCUUGUUGAGGAAAAACGAAUGGACGUGGAGGGAGUUUUCCUAGUUAUUUCGGCAGUUUUGUAUGGUGCCAUGGCUGUGGGAGAAGCCAAUUCCUUCGCUCCAAACUAUGCUAAGGCCAAAAUGUCUGCCGCGCACCUCAUUAUGCUUUUGAACACCGAGCCUGCUAUUGACAAUCUUUCAGAGGAAGGAGUGUCACUGGAUGAAUUUGACGGUAACGUGCGCUUUGAGGACGUUAGAUUCAAUUACCCCUCACGUCCCGAUGUACCGAUCCUCCGAGGGUUGAAUCUGAAGGUGGGCAAGGGGGAGACACUGGCCCUGGUAGGAAGCAGUGGCUGUGGAAAAAGCACUACUAUCCAGCUUCUAGAGAGGUUUUAUGACGUCACACAAGGGAACGUGGUGAUUGAUUCCAAGAGCGUGAAAGAGUUGAACAUCCAGUGGUUGAGGUCUCAGAUAGGCAUUGUGUCACAAGAGCCUGUACUCUUUGACUGCAGUUUAGCUGAAAACAUUGCUUAUGGAGACAACAGUCGGACUGUAACUAUUCAAGAGAUUAAGGCAGCUGCUGAAGCAGCCAACAUUCACAGCUUCAUAGAAAAUUUACCAAAGAAGUAUGACACUCAGGCAGGUGAUAAGGGGACCCAAUUGUCAGGUGGUCAGAAACAACGAAUAGCUAUAGCCCGAGCCAUUCUCCGUAACCCCAAACUGUUGCUUCUGGACGAGGCCACAUCUGCGCUCGACACUGAGAGUGAAAAGGUGGUUCAAGAGGCCUUGGACAAAGCCAGGCAGGGCAGGACGUGUAUUGUCGUCGCCCACCGUCUGUCCACCAUCCAAAAUGCAGACCGCAUUGCUGUCUUUCAGGGAGGGGUGGUGAUUGAACAAGGGACACACCAACAGUUGCUUGCCAAAAAAGGAGUCUAUCACAUGCUGGUCACUACACAGAUGGGACAUGGAAGGGAUUGAAUAGCACUAUUUUUACACAUCUACUGAAAGCAAGUUUGUUAUAUUCUACUUUUAACGAAGUAGGCAGUAAUUGAAUGUACUACCUCAGGAUUGGUUUAAAUGCUGACUCCGUGUCCUUUUGGCUCACACUCAUUUAUUGUGGCCAGGGUCGCACAAGUUUGCCUUAUUCUAAAUAUUCAAAUAUGAAUUUAUUAGAAUUAAAUAAUUGUUCGAACAGUCGGUUCUUUUUUUUUAUUUAUUUUUUUUUUAUCUUUGUUUUUGUUUUUUCAUUUGUUAUAUUCUGCCAAUCCUGUUUGUAGUUUAUUUGUCGACGCCAGUGCUUGAGACAGCUAUCAUUUACCACACAAUGAAUUAUACCUAUCACUGGAGAUGCACUACUGAAGUAACGUGAUAGAUUGAUAUGAUGUGUUUUAUGGAAUGUACUAUGUAGUGUCUUGUAAAAAUAGAUAAGUAGUUUUAUUGAGCGUUAGUGUAUGUUAAAGUUGAACACUUCUAUGUUGAAGUAGAAUGUAAUUCUAAUGUAUUUUAUUUGAAAGCUUUUUAUUUAACAUUGCAAGGCGAAAGAAUACCAAACACUAAAACUGAAUUAUCAAAAGGUUUAACCACAGGGGUACUUGGUUCGGUGAUUGGUAAGUCAAAGAGCCGACAUUACCAAAAAAGUAAUUAUACUGAAAAUAUGAAGUAGAAUACAGCAUUUGGAUAUUUUCACUUUGGAGCCAGGAGGUGCAGACAUUUUCAGAUUUGGACAAAUAUGCUAUUAAAGCAUAAACAAAGCACUUGAAAUAGCAUAGAAUGUACAAAUUUUAAUACAGUUCUUGUCUCUCAACUCAGACUAUGCAUUUGUGUUUUAAUUCUUUUACAUCUUAAGCUUGAUUUUUAUCUGUGCACUGUGCAUCAUGUUUCAGCUGUGUGUGUUUGAAGUACUUUAGUAUAGGAGUAUUAUACUGUUGUACAAAGGUGUAUUUGCAGACAGCUGACUAUAUUUGUGUUUAAACGAAACAAUUUUUGUUAAAAAAUAAAAUAAAAUUUGCUUUUACUUUGGAAAACGAUCAACAAACCAGAAACAGAAUUAUAUUUUGUGUAAUAUUUUCUGCACUCUCAUAUCGAAAUAAUUUCCUCUUUGUGAAAAAGAUGUACAAUGUAUUUUUUUACCCCAUCAGAUUAAUUAAUUAAGACAAAAGAUUCAUUAAGACGAAACAAUAAUGGAUUAAAAAUAAUCUUCAUUAGGGCUCUAUUUAGCAGUAAUAUUUUAUUAGCAUUCAAUUAAGGGAAAUUCUCAGAAUGAAAAUAGAAACUCACCAGAAAAUGUCUGGAGAAAAAAUGACGGGGGUGCUUUGCUCUACCAUGAGUCACUUACUCACUUCCUAUUCAUUUUUAGGCAUUUUCAGGUCACUUCAUUGGUAUCUCAUUUGCCGCCAUUGACCGCGCCAAACGUCCAAUUCUUUUUGAUUGGAAGGGGCGAAUGAAUUAUUGUUCAAAAUGAUCAUUCGCUCCUCUUAGACAAAAGGAAUUGGAAUUCUAGCGCUGUCAAUGGCACUGAAAGGUGAGCAUUCACAGGUAUAGUUGAUAUCAUAAUCGAUGGCAAUGAGUUCAUUUUGGGACACUUGCUUAUUAAUUUUAGGGUACUUGCAGGUUGCUGGAUCACUUCCUGGUCUUUUGGGGGCAUUCCAUGGUUACUUCCUGAACAUUUUGGAUAAUUUCUUGUUGAUAUUGGAGCAUCUGUCAUGGUCUCUUCCUGUCCAUUGGUCCCUUCUUUUUUGGUUUUGGGGCUGUUUCAGGUCAUGUUCUGUUGAUAAAAGGUCAUUUUUCCCCUAUUGAAAAUGAAUAGGGCAA